AAGAUUGCGAUUCCAAAAGAGACAAAUGUUCCCCCUAUCCUUUCAUGUUUAAUGUUUAGUAGUCUUCCAACACUUGGGUUACAUUCAGCACAACUAAAUAUAGGAAAGGAGGAUAUUUAUUGAUUUACAAAACCAAAAACAAAACGUAGUUCCUUGUUAGAACAUGAUAAAGAGAAAUAAAGAGGACUCCGGUCCAGCAGGUGGCGGUAAUUAACCUGCUGCAUCCAACAGCCAACUAACUUGUCAAUCGGUUCCUGCUGCAUGUACAAGAUGUCGCUUGGCCUGCUGACCCUCAGGGCGCUGAGAGGAGCUCCAGGUCUCUGCCGCCGGACUCCGGCCGCCACCGGCGGACUCCGGGCGGCUUCCUCCGCCGCUCCACGGGACAAGAGAGCCGUUAUAACGGAGUCCACGGAAGAAUACAAGUUCGUGGAACGACUCAUACCGCCAACACGGAUCCCCGACCCGCCGAAACACGUCGGAGCCGCUCCGUCGGGCUGGACCCCCCCAGCCGAGUCCCCGCCGCCUCUGCCCUACAUGAUCCGCCGCUCCCGCAUGCACAACAUCCCCGUGUACAGCGACCUGACCCACGGGAACCGCAGGAUGACGCUGGUACGGAAGGUGGAAGGGGACAUCUGGGCUUUGGAGAAGGACGUGAGGGAGUACCUGAGACAGGUGACCGGGAAGGAGUUGCCCACGCAGGUGAAUGAGGUGACGAUGACUCUGAAGGUGAAAGGUCACUUUGAGCAGGAGCUGAAGGACUGGCUGGCCAGCAAAGGCUUCUGAUCGAGGAAGAGGAGGAUGCAGCUGAAGGACAACUUCAUCAGUUAUCUUUAAAGGACUGCUGUCAGCUUCCGGCCUACCAGAACUCUCUUCCUGUCAAUAAACACGUUUUAUUCUAUUCUGUUAAACCUUUAAAGCGAGAUUAAAGAGAAAAGCAUCACAAA